UUGAGGAAGCCAUGUUAAAGUUAAGAGUGAAGUCAGGCUGAGAUUUGUUUUUUUUUCUGACGCCGCAUGUUUAUUUUGCCCCCUUUCCCCUUGUUGUUAAGCCCAUCGGAAGCUUGCAAACAUAACGUUUUGAUACCGAAACCGGGGUUCUUAUGAUGACUUCCAGUUUUGACCUGUCAAGGCGGAAUCCGCAAGAGGACUUCGAGCUAAUCCAGAGGAUAGGCAGCGGGACCUACGGCGACGUCUACAAGGCUCGAAAUGUCAGCACUGGGGAGCUGGCUGCCAUCAAGGUGAUCAAGCUGGAGCCUGGAGAGGACUUUGCAGUGGUGCAGCAGGAAAUAACCAUGAUGAAGGACUGUAAACACUCAAAUAUCGUGGCCUACUUUGGCAGUUACUUAAGGAGGGACAAGCUGUGGAUUUGCAUGGAGUACUGUGGAGGGGGUUCACUGCAAGACAUAUAUCAUGUUACUGGACCACUGACGGAAUCGCAGAUAGCUUAUGUGUCACGAGAAACCCUUCAGGGUUUGUACUACCUUCACAGUAAAGGAAAGAUGCAUCGAGACAUAAAGGGAGCCAACAUUUUGUUGACAGAUAAUGGUUACGUCAAACUCGCGGACUUUGGCGUUUCGGCCCAGAUCACAGCAACUCUAGCCAAGAGGAAAUCAUUCAUUGGGACGCCUUACUGGAUGGCACCAGAAGUGGCAGCUGUGGAACGGAAAGGAGGCUACAACCACCUGUGUGAUAUCUGGGCUGUGGGCAUCACUGCCAUUGAGUUGGCGGAGCUCCAGCCUCCUAUGUUCGAGCUGCACCCCAUGAGGGCCCUGUUUUUGAUGACAAAAAGCAACUUCCAGCCCCCUAAACUAAAAGACAAAGUAAAAUGGACCAACAACUUCCAUAAUUUUGUUAAACUGUCGUUGACAAAGAACCCAAAGAAAAGGCCUUCAGCUGACAAGUUAUUGCAGCACCCAUUUGUGUCACAGCCUCUUAGCCGUACACUGGCCAUCGAACUGCUGGAUAAGGCCAGUAACCCUGACCAGACGCUGUAUACAGACUUUGAUGAUGAUGAUCCUGAAUCAGAGUUUAAGUACAGGGGCUUGUUUUUGCCACUGUCUUCGCUGUCAUGUAGAGGCCUUCGUUUUGCAGCAGCUCAUAGAAAGCCUCCCAUAUCUGUUCCUCAGCGCAUUCACUCGAAGAGUCGAAAUGCUCGGGAAGGGAAGACGUUGUCAGAGAUUAACUUUGGCCAGGUGAAGUUUGACCCACCUUUAAGAAAAGAGACUGAGCCCCAUCAUGAACCACUCGACACUGACGAUUUUUUGGACUGUGCAGAAGAAAUAUACUACACUGCAAGAUCUAAUCUGGAUCUCCACAUGGACUAUGGACCAGACUCUCCCACUGGCUCUCUCCUUGGGGGAAAUAAGGAAAGCUGCGUUAGAAAACUGUUUGGGUUCAGCUUCAGGAGUCUCUUGAAAUCCGUGGAGGAGGAGCUGCACCAGAGGGGACACGAGGCACAUUUAGAGGAGGAGGAGGAGGAGGAGGAGGAUGAUGAAAUGCACCAAAUGAAAAGUUCCACCAUACGACCCAGAGUGCCCCCACCACUGCCUCCAAAGCCGAAAACCAGCAUCGGCCCCGCUGAGAGCUUGUCCACUGAGCAUGACGACCACCCAGGGACCAUAAAGCGCUGCCCAGUGAGCCAGAGCCCGGCUCGAUUAGCUGCUAACGUGCCCCCCCGGCCGCCGCCUCCACGAAUGGUCCAUCACAAGUUCAGCAGCUUAGGAAAUGGAGUUGCUGUGUGCGACAGGAGGGGAGCGGGUGAGUCAGCCUCUGCAGAGAAAGAGUCCAUUACACCCUCUGCUGUUCCUACUGCCCGCGUAGACAAAAAGGACAUUCCGAAACCAAUCAGCAAUGGACUUCCCCCAACUCCUAAAGUUCAUAUGGGAGCAUGCUUCUCCAAAGUCUUCAAUGGCUGCCCACUGAAGAUUCAUUGUGCUACUUCCUGGAUAAAUCCAGACACAAGAGAUCAGUAUCUAAUCUUUGGAGCAGAGGAAGGAAUCUACACAUUAAACCUCAACGAACUUCACGAGACAUCCAUGGAGCAGCUGUUUCCCCGGAGGUGUACCUGGCUGUAUGUGAUGAACAACACGUUACUUUCGAUAUCCGGCAAAGCAUCUCAGCUGUAUUCUCACAGCCUGAUAGGAUUGUUUGAGCACGCUCGGCAAAUGCAAAAGCUCCCAGUUGCCAUACCAACCCACAAACUGCCAGACAAAAUUAUCCCCAGGAAGUUCUCAGUAUCCAAUAAGAUCCCAGACACUAAAGGAUGUCAGAAGUGCUGUGUAGUGAGAAAUCCAUACACUGGCCACAAGUACCUGUGUGGAGCGUUACAGAGCGGUGUGAUCCUGCAGGAGUGGGUGGAGCCCAUGCAGAAAUUCAUGUUGGUCAAGAACAUAGACUUCCCGUUGCCCUGCCCCCUGGAGGUCUUUGAGAUGUUGGUGGUUCCGGAACACCAGUACCCCCUCAUCUGCAUGGCUGUCAGCAAAGGCACAGAGCUCAACCAGGUUGUGCGCUUUGAGACACUCAACCCCAACUCUACUUCUUCUUGGUUCACAGAAUCUGAUGCUCCUCAGAGCUGUGUGAUUCACGUGACUCAGCUGGAGAGGGACACCAUCCUUGUUUGCCUGGACCGAUGUAUUAAGAUCGUCAACCUGCAGGGCCGGCUGAAGUCCAGCAGAAAGCUCUCAUCAGAGCUGACCUUUAACUUUCAGAUCGAGGCGAUAGUGUGUCUGCAAGACAGCGUGUUGGCAUUCUGGAGACACGGCAUGCAGGGUCGGAGUUUUAAAUCUAAUGAGGUAACACAGGAGAUUUCUGACAAUACAAGAAUAUUCAGAUUACUGGGCUCAGACAGAGUGGUGGUUCUGGAGAGCCGACCGACAGACAAUCCUACAGCACACAGCAACCUGUACAUCCUCGCUGGCCAUGAAAACAGCUACUGAGCACAGCAUGUGGGGAAACCAUGCGAGGCACUGUGUGCAGUACAGGAAGGGGAGUGUGAUGUCACAGAAGCCGAUGUUUGAUGUUACAUGAGUGGCAGCUGGAGCCACUACCUUGUGGAAAGACUAAAGUGCUCGGGGAGGGCCAGUGAGCGCACCACACAAGCCACAGUGGCCAAGCAAGCUUACACUGUGCCUGCUUCAAACUGCAAAACACUCUACCCCCUCUACCCAAAUAUAUGGUGGAUUUUAAUUCCUCCUCGAAUGGAACUCACCAAGUUCAGGUAGUUAGUCUUAAAGAACAUCUAAACACUUGCAAUGAAUUUCAGAGGAGAAAGAUGCCAGCCGUACAUCAUCCAAACGGAAACGUUAAGACUAAUCUCAGUCCCCAAUCCAGCACCACCCAAAAGGUGGGGGUCAUUUCAGGCCCAGCCCAGCUCCAACCAAAAGGUGGGACUAAUCUCAUUCCCAGCCCUUCACCAUCCCAAAGGUGGGAGUAAUCUGUCCCCAGCCCAGCACCGCCCAAAAGGUGGGGACAAUCUCAAUUUGUAGCCCCUUUUCUAUUUGUUCUGCUUUGUCACAUGUUCACCACUGAAGAUGUCAGUAAUGAACUAAUGAUCUGAAUUUAUAAGAGCAGGAAACACGGCAGUGCUGGAGCAUGGGGAGCUGCUACACAUUACACACACUUCAUAACAUACCACACACUCUACACAACACACUUCAUAUCACACACUCUACGCUACACAAACUACAUCAGACAACACAUGUAGUGCAUAACACACAUUCUACACAACACACACUACAUACAACACUACACACAACACACACUACCCAAAAAACCUACACAACACACACUGCAGUUUAGAACAUGAGGCACUUUUAUCUCGAACUCUGAAGCACCUCAGUUUCACUGGCUCUUGUAGAGGGCUUGUGUAUGCGCGCUUGCAAGCGCUCACACACACACACACACACACACACACACACACGUCAUCUUGCAUUUACCAGUAUUGUUACCCUUAUACACACUCGACAUUGAUCACGUAAGUGCUUGACUGACACUUAUUUAAUUUCAUGUACAUACAGUUUAUUGUUUUACUCUUAAACUUGGUUGUGUAGAUAUCUGUGCAUAUGGUCUGUACAGGUUUGUGGCAGAUUGUUGAGUGUUUGCUUACUAGGGUACUACUACACUCCUGGAGGGCUUUUCUACAGAGCCGGUUUACCCCAUGUCGUAGGAAAACAAAGCUGAUGUGCCCAUUUUCAAGUCUGUUGUUUUUUGUUGUAUUACCUAGUCUGUUUGUUUUUACUAUUUAGCUCUAUAUAUGUGUGAAACCAAAUGCUGGGCUUUUUUCUCAAUUAAUUUUAAGUCAAUGGACAUUUUAUUGCUUUUAGAUUUGUGGUAUGCACUCAUGUCAGAAUUUGCACAAAAUUUUUAUGGCGUUUUCUGUGUAUAUCUAGGUGUAUGUUCAAGCCAUGGAUACAGUAGCGAUGUAGAGAUUAAAACAGAUUAAUUUGAUAUAAAUCUGCCCUGAAAUAGCGUUGUCAGGUAUUUUUCAUACUCAGACUGUUAAAUCAACAAUGCCAAAGGGGGAAGUCCUGCCAGUUUCUUGAGUGGAGGUGGAGGAGGGUAGUCUUACACAGCUUAUGAAAAUCAGAUGAUGGUAUUUAGAUUUUAAUUCAGUGGCAGAGAAAAGGCUAAACAUGCGAAGGUCUUUUGAGUGGUUCCCCCAAGACGUAACUACUUUUACAUGCAUUUAAGUAUCAAAAUAUGUUUAUAAAAUACACUAUUGUUUAAAUUUUUUAUUGUUGUUUAAAGUUCAAGUUUUCCAAGAGCAACUGUGUUACAGAAGAAGAAUUUAUGAUCAAAGGAGACAUUAAUCUUGCUAUACUUGUGUCUUAAAGCUGCUGAUGGUGAUUUAUUUCAAGAACUCUUCUAUAGCUAUCACUAAGUACAAAUAAAGAUGUCUGUGACUGUCUUGGGCUCUGUAAUCAACUAAAAUUUACAUUCUGGUUGUAUUAGCCAAUCAGGAAACAUCUCUACUAGGUGGCAGUCUGUCAUGCUUGUUAACUUUUUUGUAAGUUGAAGCAGCAAAAAGAUGGUGAAGUAUUUGUUUAUUUCUUUUUUUUUUUUUUAAGAUUAUUUACGGAGGUUUUGAGGGCUGGAGAGAAGGGCACUGGAGUGAAGGGUGGAUUGCUCCAGUGGAUUAGUUGGCAGAAGUUAUCAAGAACUAUGAACUUGACUACAGCCGCUCUAAUUUCAUCUUGGCAACCAUAUGUAAAUGUUUUACAAAAAAGUGGUUGCACCCAGAUUUAAAACAUCUUUCCUUACUGCUUUACAUAAUGGUUUCUUAAGAAGCUAAACAUUUACCAGUCAUCGAUCGAUUGAUUGAUUGGGUAAAAAGUUAUGAUUACUCAUUUCCUUUCCAAAGUCCUGCCUCCUGGUGAAUUUGUACAGAUUUAAGCACACUACAGGCUACACUUCCUUAACAGAAAGCAAGCAGCUCUUGUUACUACAGUAGGCUUUAAUCCGUGCAUAUCUAGGUCUAUGUGACUUAACUUUAAAGCAAAUUUAAGUAUGCUCAAGACUAAAUGUUCAGUGUUGCAAUACUGAGAUGCAUAAUGGAAUGCUAUGACAAAAUAAUAGCAGACUGACAAAGGUACGAUUAUGUUCCUUUCAGAUUGUCAUGUAAAUAUUGUUAAAUAAAACAUUUUUUUCAUAA